AUGUCACAGCCGCCGCCCGGACGCGGCCGCGCGCGUCUCCCCGGCCCCCCCUCGCCCGCGCACUACCGACCCCCAUCACCAUGGGCACCCAGUCCUCCACCUCUCAUAUCGGGUCCUCGACACUCCACAGCCAUCGUUUCACCACCACCGAUACAGCCGUCUCCGAAACCGUUCCGUCCAUUGCACUCUCCCCAUUUGCGUCAGCAUUCACCGUCACCAUCAUCUCACUUCUCGAUCUCCCCAUACCCGAUCUCCCCCACGUUGGGGCAAAGCCCCGAGUACUACUACUCGUCGCCGUACGAAACUGUUCGCGAGAAUGAUUACGCGGGUGGAUAUUUGGAGCCCCCUCCACCGCCGCGACCGAUGAUCUAUGAAGAGGAUGAAGAGAGAGGACCUUCGACCGCGGAAAUCAUAGCCAACCAGUCCCAGGAAGGAUAUGUGGAUGAGAAACUCGCUGAGUAUCAAGCUACAAUUCAACUGUUGCAAGAGAAGCACAAGCACGGGAAGAACAGACAAAUCCCACCUCAGCCAAAUAUACACUAA